AUGGACGAUAAGAACAAAGGCCGUUCGUAUACCGACGUCAUUGUCGUCGAGACAUUGAAAAGAAAAAAUAUUCUGCUCGAGUUAAACGACUCGAGAAACCCCGUAGCCAACAAAAAAAAAGAGAAAGGCCUGGAAGGAAGUGCGGGACAUCGUUCUGGUACAAUGCAAGAAAUUGAUGACGGUCGAGCAGGGAACGCAGGUAUUGAAAUAGCUCAAUGGUAUACCCGAAUUAAAUGCAUGUCUUUCCUUAGAUACCGACAGGGAACAGGCGGAGGUCUUGACCUCCCACUGGAGCAGGCCAUUGCAAACGCGUCAGCGUCUUUCACUGAAGCUGACAUGCUCAUAGCCCAGUCUCUAGGCAAGAAGGCAGUAAUGUCAGGAGUAGGAAGAAUGGAAUCGUUUGUUGAUAAGGGUGCCGAUAGCGAUUCAGAUUCGACACUGGGAGGGAAUAGACGGAGGAGGAGGGCUGGUGGGCGGGCAAACUUAAACGAUUCAGAAGAAGACGGUGGGCGGGAGAGGAGGGAAACAGCAGAAAAUGCGCGAUUCGAAGGGGAUAGCGAUUCGUCUCAAUCUACAUUGAGAGGGAUAGCAAAAUGGAGGGAGAGGAGGACGGCCAGCGUUUCGGAUUCGACUGUGGACUCCAUCAAAGUUGCUAGCUCCCAACCUUUGAUAGGCAAAGACGAACUGAAGCGCAUCCAGCAAAGACGAGUAAUCAAACAGCUUCAGGAUUUCAACUCGUACUCCUCUUCUAGCGAUCGCGUGAAGAGGCGCCGCACAUCCGCCAAGGCGGUGAAUGAGUUGCAGCUCACAGUUCUCAAGAUAAGAACAACAAGCAAUGCUUACAAAGAAGUCCAUGGCUCUCGACAUCUACAUCGACGUGCUACGACUGCAGCAACACUUCUUCGAGUCACUCAUCAACGACCGCCAGAAUCCAACGACACAGCUCCACCUUCAGCCACAAGAGCACUCCACACCACCCAGAUUCCUGCCCGCCGAGGGUGA